GAGAGAGAGAGAGAGGAAGGGAGAAUAUAUAAUAAUAAGCAGGGAACAAAGAAAAAGACGGGAAGUGGAACGUCAUAGAAGCAUCGUAGUGUGUGCAGGCAUUCAAUGGAUGAACGAUUGCACGCUUGAUUUUGCUGCCCUCGUCCACGGUCUCACACCGUCUAUCCAUCUGCACGUCCACCCCGCCCACCAUUUUCCUCUCGACUGGGGGCUCAUCAGUUCCUCGCAUCAGUUAAUUCUUAGCACUGCCUUAUCAAGUAUCGCCUUUGUUGUUAUGUCCCUCUUUUUCGGCUUCGCAGUAUGUAGAGCUGAUUGAGAGGAGGAGGAAAACAAAGCCGGGCUUGAAGUUGCAAGCAGUACAAUGAUGAAGGUGGAGGAGAACAUGUCCAAUCCCACUACUUCUGCCUCCUCACAGAAUCCGGUCCCAGCUAAGAGAAAAAGGGGCCUCCCAGGAAACCCAGACCCGGAUGCGGAAGUGAUAGCGCUGUCGCCCAACACACUGAUGGCAACCAACCGGUUCGUGUGCGAGAUCUGCAACAAAGGGUUUCAAAGGGACCAGAAUCUCCAGCUGCACAGGAGGGGCCACAACCUACCGUGGAAACUGAAGCAGAGGACGAACAAGCAGGUGAGGAAGAAGGUGUACAUUUGUCCGGAUGCGUCGUGCGUACACCACGACCCCUCCAGAGCACUCGGAGACCUCACUGGGAUCAAGAAGCAUUUCUCCCGGAAGCACGGCGAGAAGAAGUGGAAAUGCGAGAAGUGCUCCAAGAAAUACGCUGUUCAUUCAGACUGGAGAGCCCACAGCAAGAUCUGUGGCACGAGGGAAUACAGAUGUGACUGUGGAACCCUCUUCUCAAGAAGGGACAGCUUUAUCACCCACAGAGCAUUUUGUGAUGCUCUGGCAGAAGAAAGUGCAAGAGUUACCCAAGCAAACCCUGUGGCUGACCACCAUCAACACUUGUACUCUCAACCCUUGUCAUCCCAUGAACUCGCGGCUGGUCAGAGCACCACCAUGCAGCCUCAGUUCCCCGACGGGUUGAGAUCCCAACACGCCGACAUUAGGAGAUCUCAUGGUACCUACGUUACCAUGAAACAGGAGAUCUCAUCACCAUGGGCGGCUUGUCAAGGACCUGAGCCACCACCAGCUGCCUCAACGUCCCAAAGUCAAAUGGAUCCCUUGUCCUCCAUCUACGCCACAAUGCUAGAAUCUGAGUUCCAACGUGAGGGCCAAUCUUCUUUACCUGCGUCAUAUCGAACUUCUACGACCUUUCCUUUCUUGUCAGCCACCGCAUUGCUCCAAAAGGAAGCUCAGAUGGGUGCAGUCACGGCUAGACCUCGACACAUCGAUCAGAUGGCAGCUCAUACAUCUAGUGCUACCGGUUUCACCCUUGGAUGGUGCAGUGGUGGUGCUCCAUUACAUGGAGUAAAAACCCAUAGUGCUUUGCUCCACGAGAUGGCAUGUCCUCCUCCGCCGCCGGCGGAUAUUGCCGGGUUCUCCGAAGGAAAACCUCAGUGAGGAAGGAAGAGGAGGGCGUAGUGGAGAGGCGUCCGGUUGCCGAGAGACUUCUUGAGUACAAGAGACUUAACCCAGACUCCCUCAUCCUAUGAGGAUUCCCCACAUUACUCUCUCUCUCUCUCUCUCUCUCUCUCUCUCUCUCUCUGGGGGACAAUGAUAGAUAAAUGUUUUAUUUCUUUUGUUCUCUUUCUACGUCUCUACUUACAGGAAGGAGAUUCCGUUUCCCUCAAAUCUAGUUUUGUACUGUCCACUGUAAUCAUACGGUUUUGUUCUCUCUUUUAUUAGAUAUCCCAUUGUGCAUA